AUGCUUCUUGGCUUCUGGGAUAGUCUCAUUGUUCCCUGUAUUAUGGGCAUAUCCGCUCAUACUACCAACCACGUACAGCUUGAAAACGACUCAGCAGAUUGUCAACUUCUUGGUUCCAAUUGUCGCAAUCGGGCUCGGUUCGAUCUACCGUUUAUCGCUGGGAGUUUCCCCUUAAGCUUCACGAAUGAGAGAGAAUGCGUCACAGCGCUGAACGUAUCCAAACUCGGCUUUGUACAAUUGGAAACACAUACAGCAACUGCAAAGCAGUCCUUACUUAAACUCUCCCAACUUGCUGCUCGUUUUCGCUCAUUUCGGUGUUCUGCCUUGUUCUAUAUCGCGGCCUUCGUAACGUAUACCACCAUAACCUGGAUUUUGUCAACGAUUUUCGUUGUUGACGUGGUGACAGUGGGGAGAGACUUGAGCACAUUUGGCAACAACUCCCUGAGUCCAAAUCAGUACAGCUUCACCGACAUUCGGCUUGGAGUUGGAAUCCAAGAUGACGACGACGCAUGCCUGGCCUCUGUAACAGCGGCGAACUGUACCUACUCGUUAGCCUUGGGGCCUUUAAGUUCACUCCUUAUAGCACGAGAGCCCUAUCAGAUCGCUGGCUUCACAUUCCGCGAUGGAGACCCCUUCGGUACUCAUGGAAUCCCUUACGAUGCACUUUAUCAAUUCUGGAACGACCCUGAGUUGUCGCGUUGGGGAGACUUGACUACACAGUAUUGUCUGCCCAUGCUAGAUCCGAAUACAGUUUCUUGUAGGCAGGACGUCUCCAAUUCACGCGUCAACUAUAGAUAUGUUGGAAUCGAAGGCAGCAACGGAUUGGAAAUUGUUACAGUCGACCCAAAUACGACAUUUGCUACAGCGUUUCCUCAUGCGGCACGCAAUAAUGGGACAACGGGAACUAUGACCGUCGCACAGAGUAAUCAUAGUGGCCCACCGUAUGAGACUGUUAUUAGCGGAAGCUACGAGUGGGCGGACCUCCUAUCGCGACUCAGCUAUGGUACAAACUCCACAUCAAAUAUAUUCACCACUGUCUGCACUCUAGAGAAUAGAGGCAACUGGAGGUGGGUUACGUUGUCUUAUUCCGACAACACCUUCACGGCUUCCCUCGACCUAGCCACAGAACUCUGUAGCAAUGAUCCCUCUGUUGAUGGUUACCAGUACAACACAGUUGAUCGCGUCGCAGCAUACAAGAUUUUGCCUUUCGCGAUCGAGGGUCCAACCUACUUGUUAAGCUCAACGGACGGAUACUCCAAGUUUAUUAACCAGGAUGACCACGUAUAUCUCCCUGAAGAUGGUGGUAAAACACUCACACAAUAUUAUGCACAACUCAACAACAUGACAGAGUUGGAAACGCUUCUAAGCGGCAUGUACGCCACAGUGCAAACUAUAUACACAAGCACUCAGAAUGGUACUGCGGCCACGUUUCCUAUUCUCAAAGUGACCAGUCCUCAUCAGUACCAGGUCACUAUCAACUGGACAGUUAUAUCAGCUCUUUCUGCAGCCGCGGCAACACUCAUUUGGAUUUUCACCGUUGCUCAAGCUGUCAGGUGGAUUGUUGCUAUUUUUCAUGACAAGAAACUGGGGUGGGCUUUGAUGGAGCCCCUGGAGCUUAUGGGCUAUGCAUCACAUAUCGCCCAAGACUUAAAGUCAUUGCAGGUCCACUCUGAAGGAAAGCUUAAGUUGGACAAACUGAAAGGUAUUCGCCUGGGACCGGAGGGUGUUUUGAACCUUGAUGGGGAAGAUGCUGUUGAUCUGGAUGCUACGCGUAGUGCCAAUCAAGGCUCAUUGGAAUUGACCGCUCUCUGA